UCAAGCCUUGGAAUGGUAGAGCAACCCAAGUGUGAGAGAAAGGAGAUGGAGACUGAAACUGAGAUGAAACAAUCAAGGUUCAAGAGGAUUUGUGUGUUUUGCGGAAGCAGCCCCGGGAACAAGAGCAGUUAUAAGGAUGCUGCUAUUGAGCUUGGAAAGGAGUUGGUGUCAAGAAAUAUAGAUUUGGUUUAUGGAGGAGGCAGCAUUGGUUUGAUGGGGCUGGUUUCUCAGGCUGUUAAUGAUGGAGGUCGCCAUGUAAUUGGGUUAGCAUUUUUCUUGGUUAUGAUUUGUAUUGGUGGUGUUAUGUUGGAUGUUUUGUUAAUCUCAACUAUUUCUUGUCAUGAUAUUGUCUGCAGAGUUAUUCCCAAGACACUCAUGCCAAGAGAGAUUACUGGAGAGACAGUGGGGGAAGUAAAGGCAGUAGCAGACAUGCAUCAAAGAAAAGCAGUGAUGGCUAAGCAUUCUGAUGCCUUCAUUGCCUUACCCGGUGGCUAUGGGACACUAGAGGAGCUUCUUGAGGUGAUAACUUGGGCUCAGCUUGGUAUCCAUGAUAAACCAGUGGGGUUGUUGAAUGUAGAUGGAUACUACAAUUCCUUGUUGUCUUUCAUUGACAAAGCUGUGGAGGAAGGUUUCAUUAGCCCCAAAGCUCGCCAUAUAAUUGUAUCUGCCCCAUCAACAAAAGAGCUUGUCAAAAAGAUGGAGGAAUAUUUCCCACAACACGAAAGAGUUGCCCCUAAGCUAAGCUGGGAAAUUGAGCAGCUAGAUUAGUCCUCAAAUUGUGACAUCUCAAGGUGAUUGAUUAGAUGAUUAUGGAAGUAUGGGGUAGAGAAAGUUGUUAGUUUAAUGGUUGAAGAGACUAAUAUUAUUAUGACCAAAUUUCCUCAAGACGGAAUUCUUUUAUGUUCUUGGCAUUUUCUUGUUAGUAUAAAGUGUAAACUACAGAACCGACUGCAAAUCUAGCUGUGAAGCCU